AUGACCGCUGCUUGGACUACCGGCCCUCCUUCGGGCGAGGCCGCGAACAGCAAUGGUCAGAAUGGACACGCUCAGAACCAUGACGAUGAGUCUUCCAAGGCCAAGUGGGCUGAGCCCCAGGCAGUUGACUACACUGCCCUCGCAUCCCAGAAUUAUGACCAGGGCUGGGGUUGCAAUGCCCGCCCCUAUGAGUGGAAGGACGAGUACGGUGACGUUGGACCAAAGUUCCCCGAGCUCGAGCUUGAGCUGUUCGGCGACCCCAGCACUCGCCACGAGCGCACUGGUCUGGACUUCUCUCAGAUCCAGAGCAUUGAGGUCCAGCAGGAAGGACCUCAGAAGAUUGGUCCCAUCGGUACCUUCAAGGACGCGGGCCUGCACCCCGUUAUGCUGGAGAACGUGAACCUUUGCGGUUUUGAUAACCCAACUCCAAUCCAGAAGUUUACCAUCCCCUCAAUUCUCCAAGGACACGAUGUCAUUGGAAUUGCUCAGACAGGCUCCGGGAAGACAGCUGCCUACCUGAUUCCUAUUCUGAGCAAACUCAUGGGGAAGGCUAAGAAGCUGGCUGCGCCGCGACCCAACCCCCUGACCUUCCGUGAGGGCCUUGAUGAGGUUACUGCCGAACCUCUGGUUCUCAUUGUCGUCCCCACCCGUGAACUUGCCAUUCAAAUCUUCAACGAGGCGCGCAAGUUCUGCUACCGAACCAUGCUGCGACCUGGUGUUGUCUACGGAGGUGUUCCCAUCCGUGAGCAGAUCGGUCUGCUGGGCAAGGGCUGCGAUGUGCUUGUUGGAACCCCAGGACGUCUGGUCGACUUCAUCCAGCGUCCUAAGUACCUCACCCUUCGACGUCUCCGAUACAUGGUUAUCGAUGAGGCUGAUGAGUUGCUCGAUCUGGAUUGGAACGAGGACAUUCACAAGAUUCUGUCCGGUGGUGAACAGGAUGAAGGAAACGUCAAGUUCAGCCUUUUCUCGGCCACCUUCCCCAAGUCGGCUCGAGAUCUCGCGAAGAACUACCUUGCUGCGUCCCAUGUCCGUUUCCGUGUCGGUCGAGCUGGAAGCACCACUGCCAACAUCAAGCAGAUCGUGCUUCCCGCUGAGCCCCAUGAGAAGCGUGAGAUACUCUUGGGACUCCUGGAGGAGAUGCAUGGUGUCCGCACCAUCAUCUUUGUGAACAGUCGCCAGGCUGCGGACAACCUGGACGAUUUCCUUUACAACAUGAAACUGCCUGUGACGUCGAUUCACAGCGACCGUACUCAGCAGGAACGCGAGGCUGCAAUGCGCUCUUUCCGCUCGGGUAACGCACCCAUCUUGAUCGCGACAGGUGUCAGCGCUCGCGGCAUUGACGUCCGCAACGUCGUUCAUGUGAUCAACUAUGAUCUUCCUUCCAUGGACCAUGGCGGCAUUGAGGAGUACACUCACCGUAUUGGUCGUACCGGUCGCAUCGGACAUCGAGGCAUUGCGACAUCGUUCUUCACAGAGCGUGACGAAGGGAUGGGAAGCGUCCUCACUCGCACUCUUCUCGAAACCAACCAGGAGAUUCCGGAGUGUCUCCAGAUGUACGUUCCAGAGGGUGAGGCCCGCACCAACCUCAAGUUUGAGGCAGACUCGGACUUUGACCCCAACGACGUCGCCGGUGCUGGUGACGCUGGCGGUGCUGCUUGGGGAACUGGUGACGGCGAUGGCGGAGAUGGCGGCAACGCUUGGGGAGGAGGAAACGCAGGUACUGAGGGUGGUGACGCCUGGGGUUCUGGUGGAGGAGACACCGGGGCAGGAAGCGGCGAUGCUUGGGGUUCUGGCGGAGGCAACUCGGAUGCCAACAACUGGAACAGCGCCCCUGCUGCUUCCGCUGCCUGGUAA